AUGCGCUUGACAUACUUCAUCUCGGCCCUCGUGGCCACUACCACCAGCUUCGUGACUGCGCAGGAUGUCUCAUCAUUGCUCUCCGAAGCCUCCGCCAUCGUCGGCACAGACACCCAAUAUCAAUCCCUCCUUUCUAGCGCCGCAUCGGCCUUGGACAGCGCCACCAGCCAACUCACCGGCUCCGACGCGGCCUUGUACUCCUCCUACAUCUCGGAGCUGGGCUCAGAUCUCGGCGCGGCCACCAGCGCUGUAGGAAGCUUGACCAGUGCGGCCGGUACAGCUGCUGCCACGGGUGUAUCCGCUCUUGCCAGCGGUGCAAGUAAUGCCGUCGCCUCUGCCACCGCUACCAGUGCUACCAAUGCCGGCAACGGGGUCGAUCGGGUCGUUUUGCCGGCCAUGGGCGCCUUGGGGGCUGCUAUGCUCGGGCUGGCGGCUGCCUUGUAA